CCUGCUCUCGCGCGUAGAGCACGUACCUGCAGCCUCAGGCACAGCCUGCUCGUGCACCCCCGCACCCGUCGCCUUCUCCCACCCAUUCUUAUUUUUUUUUGUUUGUUGGUUCGUUUUGUGACUGUAUGGCUUUGCGGUCAUGCCGCAGCCGCCCCGCCUAGUUCCACCGAACAAUGCUGGCGGUCGUGCGGGUCUUCGAGGAGCCGCUCCCGCCUCGGUACCGGUACCGCCAUCGACACCGCGGAAGAACGCAGAGGGGUUCGACGAGCUGCUGCGCUCGCUCAAGAAUGACUACCAACUGGAGGAGCUCAAAAUCGGAGCUGGAUUGAAGUCGCCUGCGCGUAGUAAAACCGUAGCAGAUGGAGUCAUCCAGAGAUUACGGUAUUUUUACUAUCAAGACGAGUCCACCCUCGAUGAAGUACUGUCUACUUUUGCGAUAUCAGCUAAGCUUCUUGAUAUUGAAAAAAGGUUGGGUGUAUUGGCGGAAAUAUUGCGAAGGAAGGACCCGCGUGGGGUGCCAGUGUCAAGGUCAGGGACGCCAGUAAGUGCAAGAAACGUGCCGCAAACCAGGCUCAAGACGCCUCAGCCAUCUGUUGAAGACACACCCCGAUCGAGAGGUCUGUUCGAUAAUUACAGAAAAGACGCAGCGUAUUCUCGGCGUGCGGAUGAUAUGGACCCUGGGUCACCCACGGACGAAGACGAGGAUGACUUUGUGACCCCUCCUCUACCAAGAGAGUCGUCUCGGUCACUGUCACCAUCAGUCACCUCGAUGUCAGCCAAACGAAGAGUCGAGGCAAGUGCUCACCUCUCCUUGAAGAGCACCACCAGGAAACGACCGUCUGAUUGUUCCACCGAAACUGCAAGGUCACAAAAGUUGACGAAAACCUCGGAAGGUGCACAGCCUUUCCACAAGUCACAGGUACCAGCUGCUAUCAAGCCUGCCCCGUCGCUGUUCAAAAGACCAUCUCUAGACAUGGCGCGCUCUUUCUAUGCUCCCGUACCCUCUCAGUCGACAGUAAACACCUCAUUCAAUACAGUGUCGUCCUCUCAGCAGACCCAGCCAGACACUGCGAACACAUCCUUCACAUCCGAUGCCGGCGGUACUGAGAUUCAUCAUCCUUUCAUGAAAAGAACCAGUUCAACCACAAUUGGAUCACUCGAUGAUCAGGAUUUCUUGACUGUCAACGCAAAGCUUCACAGAGAAGCUGCAAAGCUGGAGAGUCGGGUAGAGCCUUCGAGCGUCUCGUCGCAAGGGCGUGAUAGCUCGUCAAACUGGGGGUCCUCGCUUCCAGAGGAGGACUUACUGGAUGCAUCUGCCAGAGUGGAGUCGCUACACACCGUAUCCUCAGUACGCCCAAGACGCCUCUCGCAACAGCAACCAGCCCCACAGAUAGGAGGCUCACAACCAGUUUUGUCCCCGGUAAAGAAUGGGGCUUUCAAUAAUUCCAAAGCAGCAGCGAUGUCUUUACACCAGUCAUUUCCUCCACCACAAGGCGCAAGUGCGAUGUCGCCCAAUAAGUCAGCUCUAUCUCCCAUAAAACUGACAAACGGCGUGACAACAACUCGGCACCAAUCGCGAUCUAUACGAGAACAGACACCUGUAGAAUCACCGUCCAAGAUCGGGCAUCGCAUCCGCGACAUUGUAGAACAAGGACUGUUCGUCAGUGAGCCUUCGGUUGACUUGCGAGCGAUGCCGUACUUCGCACUCUUUAUCUGCCAACGCAUUGCCUUGGAACACAAAAUCUCGGUAGCAGAGCUCGUACGCAACAUGGAUGUUGCACAAGCAUGUGCUGACCCUGAGGUGUUCUGGCAGUCACUUCGUACACACGACAAGGUCACGCAUAUCAAGUUCAAGGACCCAGAUCGGCUGUGGUCGGCUGCUAAGCGCAGUUUUGAUGGCUUCACGUUCAAGGGCCAGAUUAACUUGCGCAGCAAACGAUCAGGUCCUAUCUUUGAGCUCGAUCUACACCCGAUCUUGCCAGACAAAUCUUGUCGCUUUCAACGAAAAUUUGGGGCUGACCGUUUCUUGUAUUUGAACGUCCCUGAACUUGAUGUCAAGGGGUGGGGUGGUGGCACUCAGGAGGAUUUGAAGAGCAUCCGCGAGCGCUGGAGUAGAUGGCUUGAUUCCGAACACACCUUCUUGUACCGCAAGUGGAGGGUCUUUCACAUUGAACCUUUGAAGAAACCAAAGAAGAAGGGCCGCAGUGCAGUUGUGACGCACAAAUUCCGUGUUGUUCUCUUUGCGACGGAAGGAUGCGGCAUCGCGAGGAGGUGCCCGAUUGGAGAAAUGCUGAACUGGUUCCUCCCAUUCGACCAGAACUCGGAGCAGUCUUUCUGCAAAGCAUAUGCCCGCUUCGACCUGGGCCUUUCGCGAACAACGCCUACGUUGGUUUUCAAGCCUUCGCAGGUUCACUUCGUUAACGACAUCUUAGCGAGCAACGACCGCGAGGCUACUGAGUUUGAUGAUCCCACUUUGAAGUGGAAGAAAAUCCCCAGUCGCCAAGUCAUGAACGAUGGGUGUUCCGUCAUGUCAGUGGGCGCCGCGCUUGAGAUCUGGAAGCUGUACAAGAAAGUCAGUGGCGUCACUGGGCCCCUUCCAAGUGCUUUUCAAGGUCGAAUUGGAGGCGCAAAGGGGCUUUGGAUGAUCAGCGACGAGUCUUUCACGAAGGACCCCGAACAUCUGGCGAUCUGGAUCAGGAUCAGCGCAAGCCAGCGCAAAUUCAAGCCGCAUCUAGAAGAUCUGUCUGACACCACGUUCGAUCGUCUCCGUCUCACGUUCGAGGUGUCCAACUACAGCACUGGACCUGCACAUGCAGAUCUCCACAUCUCCUUCAUUCCGAUCCUGGCAGACAGAGAUGUACCUCGGGACGUCAUUGCCGACUACAUGAAAGAACGGCUUGAUGCUGCCAAGAGCGAGCUACUCGAGAGAGUGAGAGAACCGGUGAAAUUCUACGAGUAUGUCCACAAGAACGGCUCGAGAACGAGAGAGGGUUCCGAGAUGGCGUGGCAAGCGGCUCUACCUCUGGCCUUGGAGGACAAGAUCAAGCUAUUUCUUGAAUCGGGAUUUUCGCCUCUCCGCUUGCAGGUCUUGGCCAAAAAUUGCCUACGUUUCAUCAAGAAGCUGCAUCUCCUCCAAGAAUCGAAGUUAAAGACCCCAGUCGGGAAAGCAACACAUCUUUUUGGCGUGGCAGAUCCUUUGGGGGUGUUGAAGCCUGGCGAGAUACACGUGCAAUUCUCGUCCUCCUUUGUCGACGAGUUGACUGAUGAGAAGUAUCUGAAUCUCAACGGACAUAACCUUCUGGUCGCGCGCCAACCUGCUGUUCGGAACUCUGAUAUACAGAAAGUGCGUGCGGUGAUCUGUCCAGAACUCUCUCACCUUGUCGAUGUGGUGGUCUUCCCCUCGAAGGGUCAGUUCCCACUGGCAGGAAAGCUGCAGGGUGGCGACUACGAUGGUGACAUCUUCUGGCUUUGUUGGGAAGACAGGCUUGUGGCACCUUUCCAGAACGCACCCGCGCCAGUCGAGAGUCCAGAUCCCGAGCAGUAUGGCAUCAACGUUAACAGAGAUCAGCUAGUCGAUCUUGGGGUUAACGUUCACGAUGAACCGAGCGUUGACAAUUUCUUGCAAAAGUCCUUUGUCUUUCGAUCUGCACCAUCUUUGCUCGGCAUAGUAACAAAAUACCUAGAGAAGCAGUCGUAUUUGGAAAACAAGAUGUCAUCCUUCAGGCUAGACCGCUUAGCCGACAUGCACGAUCUACUUGUCGACGCCGCGAAACAAGGCUACACGUUCACAUUGGAAGACUGGUAUUUCUAUCUUCGGAGCGAAUUGAGGUGCAAAGUGCAACUAAAACAGCCGAUCUAUCAAGACGCCAUGGACGCAUGCGCAGCUGUUAAGGAUUCCGGUGCUGACGUCGACAAGACGAGGGAAAAGAAGUACGAACACAAGGCGGAAAACAUUAUCGAUUAUCUCUACUUCGAGGUUGUGCGGGCGCACAACGUUGCUACCAUGAAGGAGCUACAGACCGUUCUCUCGUCAGCAACAGAGGCGGACAAAGAUCUGCUCUACCCGCGAGAACAACUGGACGCCCUCGAGGAUAAAAGCAUCAAAGAUGAACUCCUCAGGAUACAGUACGAGAUCUCUCAACUCUAUCGCGAAUGGAAUGCAAACACCCAUACGGAUGACAAAGGCAAGGGCAUCGAGGUCUUCGCCAAGGUCGUCGAGGACCUCUACGCCCGUUUCCAAGCUAUCAAGCCCGUCAAAACUGACCACCCCAUGAUCAAGCUGUGGCUGCACCCGUGGCUGAGACCAGACGUCUGUCUGUGGGACAGGCUUCGGGCGUCCACCUUGUACACGAAGUUCCAUGACCGUAAAACUGCGCAGACGUUCGUUUUCCAGAUGGCCGGCGACGAACUCGCCAAGAUCAAGGCAGAGUCGUUCCCUCGCACGCGAUACAUUGUUGCAAACAUCAGAGCGAACAUGAAGCCGAAGCCGAUCAGGGCGUUCGAACUAGACGACGAUGACGACACGGAUGACGACGAUGAAGCGAGCGUGCUGGGGCAGAGGACCGCAUAAGCAGUUGACCUCGCCUUUUGUAACGUAUCGCCGUCGAUAUUUAGACCUGGAUGAGCAACUACAAGCAAACCA